AUGGAAAUGCAUAGGGAUAUUGUACCAGACCUCCCCAUCAAUACUGAGUUGUUGUUCUCAAAUGACAUUUGUUAUAAUCAAGGAUUUUAUAGAAAGGACUCAAUUCUCACGGUACAGGGUCAUCCCGAAUUCAAUGAAGAUAUCAUUAACAAAAUUGUAGACGUUCGUGCUGACACUGGUGUGAUCUCUCCUGAGCUCGCAAACGAUGCACGUAACAGAUCAGGUGAUCGUAAUGACGGACCUGGUUUGGCUAAAGUAAUGGUUAAGUUCAUAACCGAAGGUUUAGAAUAG